AUGGUGGCGGCCGCGCCGGCCCUGCGGGCGGGUGGGCGCCGCGGGUAGCUCCCGCUUCUCUCCUGAUCAGGAAGCUUUUUUUUUUAUUCGGAUCCAAAUUUUCAAAAGCCUUAUUCCCCGUUCUUGGAAAUAUUCUACAUCCGUGGAUUCAGAAAAAUCCAAACUUGCCCAUGUUGCCAGAUGGAUGCCAGAGACAAACAACUUCUACGCUCCCUGCGUCUGGAGCUUUGCACAGAGGUGCUUGUGGAUGGACUUGUUAUUCAGUAUCUCUACCAAGAAGGGGUUCUCACCGAUAGUCAUGUUCAAGAAAUAAAAUCCCAAACCACCAGUCAAAGGAAAACCAUGAUGCUCCUUGAUAUUCUACCUACUAGAGGACCCAAGGCAUUUGAUAUAUUCUUGGAUUCCUUGCAAGAAUUCCCAUGGGUUAAAGAAAAAUUGGAGGCUAAGCGUAAGGAAGUGACAGUAGAAGAUCCUGCAGAUGUGACUGAAAUCGCACCAUGUAUUUUGAAGAGUUCACCAACAGAUCAGCAGAUUAACAAGCUUGCAAGGAAACUGGGGCCCGAAUGGGAGCAUAUUGUUCUGUGCUUGGGUUUAUCACAUACUGACAUCUAUCGAUGUAAGGUCAAUCACCCUCAUAAUGUGCAGUCACAGAUCGUGGCUGCAUUUGUCCUGUGGAGACAGCGUUUGGGGAAAAAAGCAACAAUCCAAAGUCUACAAGCUGGUCUGAUGGCAGAAGAAGUGGAUCCUUCUGUGAUACAGUACAUGCUUGAGUGAAGCUCUGCUACUGAUUGGGAGCAUUCAAGUACUUUGCCAAAUUGAAGUGGAUUCACUGAACUGAUUAUAGAAGAUCUGGUAUCUCAAACUGGAGAAAAUGGAGUUGAGAGCUGUGGUUUUUUAAUCUUAUACAUUCCAGUUUUCUGUGGUAUCUUUUGACUUUUCAUGCCAGAUGAAUUUUUAGCAAGCAUUGAAAAAUGGAUCACUCAUUCCUGUUCGCUUUUGUACUAUUCCAGUGGGGAUAUACAGUGAAACUUAAAAGUCUUUGCAAACAGGAAGCCCUGCAGUGAGUUCAGUAAGGUUUCACGUUUCAUUAUGGGAGCGACACUGGGUUUAACCUAUUUUCUGAACUGUGUAGUAGCCUUUUUUAUUGCUGUUAACUCCUAGUCCCUGAUAUCCCAAUAAUAAAUGAGAAUAAUCACGGUUACUGAUUUAACAAUUUUACCAGUGUUAUUGCAGGUGGCUAAUUUCACAUUUAUAGAAGUUUUAGCACAUACAAUUUCUUCCUAGGGUAAAUGGCUGGCACCUUAGCCUGCCUCUGAAACUGGCCCUAAAUGGAAGUAAUAGGAACCUAGCAUGUUGCUGAGGGUUUUUCCUAUUAUUAUUUAAAUUGGUGUAGAUUUGUGCAAGGAGACAGGCACAGUGUGUAUAUGCUGUUUCUAGGCGUAGCAUGGGAAGGGAAUUCCCAGGGCAGAUGAUACACAAUAUGCAAGUGAGCAGAAGCAGGAACUUUUUGCAAACAGAGCAAAAAGGUGUUUUAAAAGAGAAACAACUUCCAAGCCCUCUAGAUUUGUCUCAUUUUGCCUCAGCUAAUAAACUGCAAGAAAUCCUGGUGUCUCUUGAGGCUUUGUACUCCUGUGCUCUGGAUGCAGGUAAUCUUGUAUCACAGGAACAGUUCUAGUCUUUGGUGUGGUCUCAUCGGUUCUGGUGCCAGCCCGUGGCAUACCAAGAGGUGCGCCCGAGUUUGCAGAGCCUCUCUGUGUGAGAUGACAGAGCAAUCCCUGCCAUUCUCCUUCCAGCUUGUGCCAGCCCCCGUGUUCAUUUGCUUCCUACCUGUUUUUCUGCAUCAAAUUGGGGCAGCUUCACAAUUCCUGUCCCCAUUUCUUUGCCAGCUGUAACCAUACUACUGUAAUGGUACUGUAAUGAUUUUACCUAGAAGAAUAGUAAAGCUUUGACUUUUCUCCUCCCUCCCUCCUGCCAAAGAGUUUUUCUUCCUGCUGGAAGAAACCUCUAAGCUUUUUGCUGAGCCGGUAAAGGGUAUCAGUCCCCAGGGUAAGUGUCCAAGGGCAGCAGAGGUGACCAGCUGCUCUCUGGGACCUGACGAUAAGAGGCAGAAUACAGUUUAAUUCUUUCUGGACGGUUUACUCCAUAGUAAAUGAGGAGCAAAGUUUGGAUGCAGGGUUUCCAGGUUGAGUUCCAGCCGAAAGUUUCAUCUACAGUCAUUGCCAAAUAGCUUCCUGUCCUCUAGGAUCUGCCCCAUCUAAUUUAAUAGCUUCACAGCCUUGUCUGAUGUCUUUAUAGAGGCAAGAAUGAGCUUUACAGUCUCUUUCUAAAUUCUUCCUUUAGACAGAUUUUCAGAAACAUCUGGGAAAUUAGGAAGGACAAAGAAAUUUUAAGGACACCCUAUCUACCUUCUUUUCGUGUUUUUUUCAGAAGCAUGGUAACAGAAUAUAUCUGGGCAGGAUCAACUCCUACAGGCCCUGAAACAAUCUGAUGGUUAUUUUAUUUUUAGUCUUCUAUAAUACGGUUCUGACCUUCAGUAAAUCAUGAUCCUGUUAUACCUCACUCAAGUCUUAAUUGAUUAUAUCCUAUUAUGGCUACUUACAGAGUUUAAGUCUAUCAACAAGUCCCAAAUAAACAAUGUAAAUCAA